ACAUUGCCCAAGGCUAACUUGUUACGCCAAUGCCGUAACUGUGCAUUAUAACUAGAAUUUGUAAGGUGUUACAGUGAUGGCAAUUCGAUUUUAGUGGCAAACUGCACUUUUGACACAUAACCGAGAUACGCGCACGGCAAGCAGGUAGACGGAAAAAACUGGUUUUUCUCUCAUACACACACACAAUUCAUUGUCAAUGCACAGCUGGUUAUGGUAAAUUGUACACAAGCAAACAACACAGUAGAGAUGAAGAUUUUGCUCGUUUCUUGCUUUCCUUCGAAAAAAAACCGAUGGCCUUUAUCAAAAUGUAACCACCUUUAUCGAAACGUUCAGGUGUUAUUAUUUGCAAUUCUUGAAUUAUGCAACUUAUUUUGCCCCACUCCAAUAUUCAUGGCAUGAUAAAAGGAGCAAUUAGAAUAGGCUAGUCAGUUGAUUUUCAAUUACUCAACGCAUAACAUCAGAAAGACAAUAAUGAAUUCCAUCAUCGCAGUACUCUUUCUUGCUGCUGUUACGAGUGGUGCCGAGGUGUGGGAGGGAAAAAAGUACAAAAACACCGAAUCGAAGAAUUUCGAUGAGUACAUGAAGGAACUUGGCGUUGGAUAUUUCACGCGUACCAUCGGAAAUUCAGUCCAACCAACCGUUGAACUGAAGAAACACGGUGAUAAAUACACGUUGCUUACAACGUCAUCAUUCAAAAAUUCCGAACUCAAUUUUGAAUUGGGCAAAGAAUUUGAAGAGGAAACAUUGGAUGGUCGUAAAGUGAAGAGUGUCAUGACAUUAGAAGGCAACAAAUUGAUUCACAAACAAGGCGGUAAACCACCAUCGACAAUCACUCGUGAAUUCAAGGACAACGAAAUGAUCGCCACAAUGACAGUGAAAAAAGUCACUGCAACUCGCAAAUACGUUGUCGAACAUUAGAAUUGACGUCGUUCCAAUAUUUUGGCGUAAACAAAUUAGAACAGCAAAAUAAAAUACGUCAUGGAAGCUACGCCGAAUAUUUUCAAUGUGAAUACGCGACCUAAAUUGGAUUGACCUUCAAUCUUCUUUUUUUUUCCUUUUAAAUGUAUGUAUCAUCUUGUUUUGGCUCAACGUACUGAUAUUUCGGAAAUCAAACUCAACCGACGACAGCGAUACGAAAUUUUUUUUAUCUCAAAAUUUACUUCCUUUCUGCUAUAUCGCCAUGUAUCCCAAAGAGAAUUGUGCAACUGUGAAUUUAGAAUAUUAGAGAAAUUGUAUUUCGAAAACAUAACUGUGAAAUUUAGGCUAUUUAUUUGUACUGUAGAACGGAUUUUAGAUGAAAUUGAGAGAAAAAAAACACACAUCAGAUUGGCAAUGAAAUACGCAAAUAAAAUCGAAAUUUUUAUUCAAA